UGAAUGAGAGCGCAACAAAAAUGGAGGCUUUGAAUAAACUGAAGCAGUUUGACGCCUAUCCGAAAACCCUGGAGGACUUUAGGAUCAAGACGUGCGGCGGAGCCACGGUGACCAUAAUCAGCGGGCUGAUCAUGCUCGUUCUGUUCUUCUCGGAGCUGCAGUAUUACCUCACCAAAGAGGUUCAUCCGGAAUUGUUUGUGGACACUUCCCGUGGUGAUAAAUUGAAAAUUAACAUUGAUGUUAUAUUCCCACACAUGCCAUGUGCUUAUCUGAGCAUAGAUGCCAUGGACGUCGCUGGUGAGCAGCAGCUGGAUGUUGAGCACAACCUAUUCAAGCAGAGGCUAGACAAGGACAGCAAACCAGUUACCUCCGAACCAGAGAAACACGAACUGGGAAAGGGGGAAGGAGAAUUAUUUGAUGCAAGCAAGUUGGACCCUGACCGUUGUGAGAGUUGUUAUGGAGCUGAAACAGAAGAUCUUAAGUGUUGUAACACGUGUGAUGAUGUACGGGAGGCAUACCGACGGAGGGGCUGGGCGUUCAAAAACCCAGACACUAUCGACCAGUGCAAGAGAGAGGGUUUCAGCCAAAAGAUGCAGGAGCAGAAGAAUGAGGGCUGCCAGGUGUAUGGCUUUCUGGAAGUCAACAAGGUGGCAGGAAAUUUUCACUUUGCCCCUGGCAAGAGUUUCCAGCAGUCUCACGUUCACGUGCACGCUGUGGAAAUUCAUGAUCUACAAAGUUUUGGACUGGAUAAUAUUAACAUGACUCACAACAUAAAACACCUCUCAUUUGGAAAGGACUACCCGGGCAUUGUCAAUCCCUUGGAUGGAACAAACGUUGCAGCCCCGCAAGCGUCCAUGAUGUACCAGUACUUUGUGAAGAUAGUGCCGACUAUCUACGUGAAAGGAGACGGAGAGGUGGUGAAAACAAACCAGUUCUCAGUGACGCGACAUGAGAAAGUGGCCAACGGACUAAUCGGAGACCAGGGGUUGCCUGGGGUCUUUGUGCUCUACGAACUCUCCCCGAUGAUGGUCAAGUUCACGGAGAAACAGCGGUCAUUUACUCACUUCCUGACUGGAGUGUGUGCUAUCAUCGGAGGAGUGUUCACAGUGGCUGGGCUCAUUGACUCUUUGAUAUAUCACUCUGCACGGGCCAUCCAGAAGAAGAUAGAGUUGGGGAAAGCAUCUUAGUUGGAAGAUCGAGGAGUUUUCAUGACUGCUGUAAACAAAAUGGUUAUUUAGUCUCUGUAAGAUCCACCUCAGAAGGACGAAGCCACACAGAUUUCCACAAUCCCUUUUAUGCCGACAGAAAACAAAAUAAACAUUAAUGACGCCUUGCACAAAUUCAGAAGACACAGGCUCCCCUGUAUCCCACAAUGCGUUUCAUUUUCUCCUCCUAAUACAAACCUGGAAUUGCUGGGACUAGACAGGACAUUGGUCUUCAUUUUGCUCCGUUUCUCAGUCUUUGGAAGAGGCUCGUGGUCCCAGGUGUCCUACAUAUUAACAUGCCAUUGAGUCUUUAAGACAGCAGAUUUAGUGUCUUUAAAACUCAACUUUGUAAUCUUUAUGUUUUUUGGAACUCAUUUGUUUUAGAAACUUUUCUUUGGUGCCAUUUUUUUCUUUCCCUUAAUUAGAGGAGCAAAUGUGUUUCCUUUUAGAUUUGGUACUUCGUACCUUGGAAUUUUAUUUGGUCUGUAUCACAGCACAGAGCAGCCUGGUGGUGAUUCUGUAGUCUAGCCUCUCGAACCUGGAGCACUUGGCUUAUGGUGUUCUCUGUGCACUUGUGAGUUUGGCCACAUCCCUGGGGCAAACAGCUGCUAUUGUUGUCAACUGGCAUUUUUUUUUUAUUUAACUGCCCUUAUUUGUGGGGGUUUUUUUUUUUUUUUUAUUACUGUUAUCAUUGUUAUUAUUCCUCCUGUGUGGUUCCUCCCACGGUGGCUGUCUGGGAAGAGGAGGUGUGACUUCUGGGCCGCAGUUGCAGAAACUCGCUCGCCAUUCAGAGUUCAGCACCUGUGUUACAAAACUCAGGAGAGGGGAUGGGGUCGAGUAGCAGGAGUCCUAACGCCACGACUGCUGUGGAGGCGUGUUGAAACGGAGAGUGGUAAUUGCUAAAGUUCGGUAUUACUGUGUGGGGCAGUGUGAUGUGUUGUGGCCACUGCACCUUAUUGACCUAAUUAAUACUGGGUCUGAGGUUUUUUUUUGUGUGUGUGUGUGUGUGUGUGUGUGUGUGUGUGUGAGAGAAUGUGUGUUGUCUGAUGCAUACAGCCCAUUUCAGGGCUUGGGGUGUGGGAGAGAUAUAUUUAUAUUUUAAAUGUCCGGACUGUUUGUAAAAUAAAGUAAAUGUU